CACGCAAACGCUUGAGAAAAAGGAAGUAUAAAUGCCACGUCAGGCUCCAGCCAGCGCUACCCUAAACUGCCAAGUUUGAGACUCCUUGGUUUCAGCUAUUUGCCGCAAUUUGUUUGUUUUCUCGGUUCCCUCUGUUUCUCCUCUUCUUUCUCUCUUUCUCCUCGUAGUUAUAAACAAAGCAGAAUUUUCAAUCCAGCAAUGCAAAUCUUCUGAGGGUUAUUGUUACAACCAACGCAAAGCAAUCCCUUGUCACAAUCCCUCGCGUAAUUUUAAUCAAUCAGUCAAAAUCAGAUCAAAAUCCUUGAUGGGGUCGAAGAGGAGCGCCGUUAGCAGUGCGUCGCCGGCGAAGGCGGUGACAGGGUGGGUUGGCCGGCAGUCCACCAGAGUGAAGGCGAUUCUCGGGGUGGCAAUUGGGUUGUUGACGCUGGUGGGUCUGAAGCUGUGGGUGAGGAACCAUAACCAUUUCUUCGUCGCCUCAGAGGCCAUCCAUGCGGCCGGGAUCUUCGUUCUGGUUUACAAGCUCACCACCCAGAAGACCUGCUCGGGGCUGUCACUGAGGAGUCAAGGAUUGACAGCAUUGUUCCUAGCUGUGCGGCUGUUUUGCAGCGUGUUCAUGGAGGCAGACAUCCACACCAUGCUGGAUUUCGCUAGUCUGGUCUCGACUCUGUGGGUGAUAUACAUGAUGUGGUUCAAGUUGAAGGCAACUUACGUCAAGGAGCUUGACAACAUGCCCUUAUACUAUCUGCAGCUCAUUCCUUCUGUCGUGCUUGCUUUGAUCGUAAAGCCGUAUACUCACUACGGCUUUAUGAGCGAAUUCCUCUGGGCAUUUUGCUCCUACCUUGAGGCUGUCUCAGUCCUCCCCCAGCUGCGACUGAUGCAGAAUGCUAAGAUGAUUGAGCCUUUCACGUCUCACUACGUAUUUGCGUUGGGCAUUGCUAGAUUCUUGGCUUGUGCACAUUGGAUCAUCCGGGUAAUUGAAACCCGUGGGGCGUAUCUGUACAUAGCGGGAAGUGGGUACUUCUGGUUUCCCGUGGCAUUCCUGGCAGAAAUGGUUCAGACAUUUAUCUUGGCUGAUUUCUGCUACUAUUAUGUGAAGAGUUUUAUGGCAGGGCAGCUUGUGAUGAGGAUGCCUGUUUAGAAUUGAUGCAUGAGAAGAGAGCAAACUUUUGGGAUAAACUAUUGUAAUGGUUAAACAGUGUACAUUUUGCUAGCCUUGCUAGGUAGGCUGAAUGUUUCCGAGUUUCUGUUCUGUUACAAAUAAUGACGACCAAGAUUUCAUGCUCAUCAGCAAAGGCAAACCCUAACAGUUAAAUUGCUUCCCGUUCUUUAUCCACCCACAUUGAAC